AUGGCCUCCGCCAAUCCCCCCUCCGACCUCGACAAGCCCCGUCACAUCCGCUACUGGCAACGCUGUCACCGCUCCCUCCUCCCCAUCUACUACACGCCCCAAGACUCCAUCCGCCUCACCCUAACCUUCUUCAUCAUCUCCGCCCUCGACCUCUUAUCCGGUCCCUCCUCCACUUCCUCUUCCCCUAGCACCAACCCCCCCCUCCUCACCCCCGCCGACCGCAAAUCCAUCCGCUCCUUCGUCCUCUCCCUCCGCCACCCCGCCGGCGGCUUCGUCGGCUCCCCAAACCACCUCCUCCCCAGUCCCUUUUAUCUCGGUCUCAAAGGCGGAGGAUUAGGACAACAAUUCGGAGGCGGCAGCAGUACUACUCCCCAUCGCCAUCAUCAUCACAAUCGUCACCACCCGCACGCCCACGACGCAAAUCUAGCAGCGACAUCCUUCGCUCUUCUCCUCCUCGCCCUCGCCGCUGAAGACGACGAAUCAGCGCGCACUGCCUUCGCCCACGUGGAUCGCAAGGCUACCUUGCGCUGGCUCAGGAGGCUGCAGCGCGACGACGGGAGCUUCGGGGAGGUGGUGGAUUCCGAGGGGAGGGUCCAGGGCGGGAGGGAUAUGCGGUGUUGUUACCUCGCGGCGAGCAUAAGGUGGUGUUUGAGGGGGGACGUAGAGGAGGGCGAUGAGGAGUGGGUGGAGGAUAUUGAUGUUGAGGGGCUUAUUCGGCAUGUGCGGCAGGCCCAGACGUACGAUGGCGGCAUGGCAGAAAGCUCCCAGCACGAAUCCCACGCCGGCUAUGCCUACUGCGGCGUCGCCGCCCUCUCCCUCCUCGAGCGCCCGCUUGCUGAGAGCUCCACCCGGCCGCGGCCCGCGCUCCACGCCGGGAUCCCCAACAUGCCCGCCCUCGUCAAGUUCCUUGCGUGUCGCCAAUUCGCCUACAUCGAGGCCCCGUCCGCUUCUUCGGACGAUGAUGAGGAAGACGACCCGGAGACGGGGAAUUACAUUGAUGGACGGCCUGGUUCCGUGCCUUGCGGUGAUGAGCUUUGCGUUGGUUAUAAUGGCCGAUGGAAUAAGAACGCGGAUACCUGCUACUGCUGGUGGGUAGGCGGCACUCUCCAGAUCCUCGGCCACCUCGACCUAGUCAACAAGCCCGCCUCCCGCCGUUUCAUCACCUCCAAAACCCAGCACAUCAUCGGCGGCUUCUCAAAGUACCCCGGCGGCCCUCCCGACGUCUACCACGCCUACCUAGGCCUAGCCGCCCUCGCCGUCCUCGACGAGUCCCCUCCCGAGGAUCGGCAGCUGAAAGAGUUUGAUGCUGAGCUUUGCGCUAGUUUGGAUACGGUGAGCAAGAUUGAGAAGGCUAGGGCGGGUCUUAUUAGGCGGUGA